GGCGACAGCUGGUAAAAUCCGGAGAUACCAAAACCAAACAAUACGCGCUAAACAUGGGAAAGUAACUUGGCAUGGAAUGGAAAAUUUCUAUCUGAAGGUGGAAAAUUUAAAAAAAAAAAAAAGAAAUUAAAUAUUCUUCAUCGUCAAACUAAUUUCCAAUACAAAUUCUCACGACUUCUCUCAUUCUUCAUUUGGAUCGAUCGGUCUUUUCUACUGUCUGUAAUUAUAUAACAGCAAGGCAUUUUCAGGUUUUGAGGGGUAGUAGUUGGGAGAUGGCGAGUAGUGGGUUUGGGGAAUCAAGCAGGCCGCCCCAAAGCCCUCAGUUUUCGAGCAACUAUAGUAAUGGUGAUGCUGGCAACUUUGAAUGCAAUAUUUGCUUUGACUUAGCUCAGGAUCCUAUUGUAACUUUGUGUGGCCAUCUUUUUUGUUGGCCUUGUCUUUACAAAUGGCUUCAUUUUCAUUCGCAAUCUAAGGAAUGUCCAGUUUGUAAAGCUUUGGUGGAAGAGGAGAAGUUGGUUCCUUUAUAUGGUAGAGGUAAAACAUCGACUGACCCUAGAUCAAAGUCUAUUCCUGGUGUUAAUAUUCCUAACCGUCCGGCUGGGCAAAGGCCUGAAACAGCUCCUCCACCUGAACCGAAUCAUUUUGCCCAACAUGGGUUUGGUUUCAUGGGAGGGUUGGGAGGCUUUGCGCCAAUGGCAACUGCUAGGUUUGGAAAUUUUACACUGUCUGCAGCUUUUGGUGGUCUCAUCCCUUCACUUUUUAACCUUCAAGUGCAUGGAUUUCCUGAUGCGGCCAUGUAUGGUACGGCUACUGGCUUUCCUUAUGGUUUCUCCAAUUCAUUUCAUGGCGGCCAUGCACAUGGAUAUCAUCAGCACCAAGGGCAAGGACAGCAAGAUUAUUAUCUGAAGAGGCUCCUUUUCUUUAUUGGUUUUUGUGUUCUUCUUGCUCUCAUUUGGCAAUAGAUUAAAUCUUUCAUCACAUCUUACUAAUGGAUAUAUAGGGCCUGCCAAUUUAAUGUCUUUGUAAAUCUAUUAGUGCGUUUUUUUUUUUUUUUUAUUUGGUACUGAGUAAAUUGUCCAUAACAUACACAAUACUGGUACUCUUGUAGCUUCUCCAAGUCUUCAUUAGCUAUGUGGAAUGCGAUUUGCAUGUUUUGUUA